AUGCAUUCACGGGCUUUGAAUCUCCAUAUUGUUCAGGUUGUGCGCCGCCUGGUUACGACUGUCUCUGAUCUCCUAUCUCAAGAGCAUCCCUCCGCUCCAAAUCUCACAUCGCUCCGUACGAAAUCGUCAAGAUUGCGUAGAAGGCCUGAUUGGAUGGAUAAUGAAGAUUUUGUCAUUGUUGAUGACAGAAAGAACCGCCGCGAUAUUACGAAUGACCAUCCGGUUUUGCGUGUGUAUAAUUCCGCGCAAUCGCUUCCCUCACAUUCAUCGGCUAAGUCGGUGGGAAGUGAGAGUAAUGAAAGCGGUACGACCACGCCUACGUUACCUAAGGAAAGCCACACUCCUGCAAACCAAUAUUUCAGCGUUCCGGUAUCUCGACAGCGACGUUCACCGGCUAGCCUUCUUGAUUCGGGUGGAAACUUAUCAAAUAGGCGCAAGCAAAAUUUGAAUGCUAUCAAUGAUGUAGAGGAUAAUCUAACGAUUCUCUUCAAAAACGGAAAGCCAAGCAAAGUGGACGAUCUUGCUAUGGUUCCCGUCUAUCUCUCGAGUGCACAGAAGCAGUUGUUCUUCUCAUCACUAAAGCAGAUUCAUCCGGAUGAACCCGACGGGAAGCACGUUUGUUCACAAUGUAACGAGGUGGUUCCGAAUCUCAAGUUAAUUUCACUCCCUUAUUUGCCUCGUUUACAGGAAGGAAGGCGGCAUAUGGUGACACAUAUACGAGUAAUGCGACUUCGCUGUUCGCUAUGUGGUGCGGGUUCAUUCUUUUGUACUGAUCUGCGGGUGCAUCUGAUGGAAGGCUAUUGUGAAAAACUACAUCGUGCACCGGAAGGAGUUGUCGAUCUAGAGCGUCACCCCUGUAUGACUAAAGAGCAGGUCUGUGAAAUUUUUCUAUAG